UGCCUCUAAUAUAAAUACCCCCCUUCCCCCUCCCACACUCCUGUGAGUGUGUGUCUCUCAGUGGGGCUGUGAGUGUGUGUCUCUCAGUGGGGCUGUGAGUGUGUGUUUCUCAUUGGGGCUGUGAGUGUGUGUUUCUCAGUGGGGCUGUGAGUGUGUGUCUCUCAGUGGGGCUGUGAGUGUGUGUCUCUCAGUGGGGCUGUGAGUGUGUGUCUCUCAGUGGGGUCAGGCUGUGAGUGUGUGUCUCUCAGUGGGGCUGUGAGUGUUUGUCUCUCACUGGGGCUGUGAGUGUGUGUCUCUCAGUGGGGCUGUGAGUGUGUGUUUCUCAGUGGGGCUGUGAGUGUGUGUCUCUCAGUGGGGCUGUGAGUGUGUGUCUCUCAGUGGGGCUGUGAGUGUGUGUCUCUCAGUGGGGCUGUGAGUGUGUGUUUCUCAGUGGGGCUGUGAGUGUGUGUCUCUUAGUGGGGCUGUGAGUGUGUGUCUCUCAGUGGGGCUGUGUGGCAGAACGCUGGGAGGGAUGGAGCCAUUUUCUUACAGAAUGAAGAUCUGAUGUUGCUGCUGAUAAUCUUCUAUGGGAAUGAAGCCCCGCCCACAGCACAAGUGACUCCUGAAUAUUAUUGCAGAGCCCAGUGCAUCCUGGGGGAUCCAGAGAAGGUCUCAGGAGCGCUGAUUGAUGUGGCCAAGCACCUGGGCAAUCUGAAGUACAGAGUGUGGGAGAAGAUGCUGGGGACUGUUCAAUACACUCCUGUGACUCUGGACCCAAACACAGCAAAUCCCGACCUCUCACUGUCUGAGGAUCUGACCAGUGUGAGAGGCAGUGGUGAGAGACAGCAGGUUCCUGAUAAUCCAGAGAGACUUGAUUGGGGUUGGGUGCUGGGCUCUGAGGGAUUCAGCUCAGGGAGACACUGCUGGGAUGUAGAAGUGGGGGGUGAGUACUGGCGGGUGGGUGUGGUUAAAGAGUCCAUCAACAGGAAAGAGCGUGUGGAUCUGAGCCCAGCAGGAGGAGUGUGGAGUAUAGUCCUGUGCAAUGGGAAAUACUAUGCCAGGACCUUCCCUCCUACACUCCUCACAGUGCAGAGGGACCUCCAGAGGGUCAGAGUGCAGCUGGACUGGGACAGGGGGGAGGUGUCAUUCUCUGACCCCUGUAACACUCCUCUCUACACUUUUAAACACUCCUUCAAUGAGAGACUGUUUCCAAUCUUUAUGGGGAUUGUGCGGAUCUGUCCACUGGCUGUCUCUGUAAGUGUAAAAUAGCACUGUGGGAUUGUUUCUAAACAUCAGUUGCAGUCAAAGGACUGUAUUUGAUCAACUCAGAGCAGGUUUACUACAAAUGUUAUAAACAAAAAAACAUUACAAAAUAUUGUCUAUUUGAAAUGUAAAUAGAAACAUUGUAUUGUGCUUGAUGAGAAAUGUCUAAUCUCUCUGAUAUAACCUCAGAAUGUUAUUACUGAGUAAUUCCUGUGGUAUAUGGUGGUACUGUAAGUACACUGGUGUGUGUGUAAUGAGUUGGGGUGUAAUAAAUACACCAGUGGAAUCA